AACUCCCAGACUCCUGCGCAGCCGUCUGGUGUUGCAGUAAAAUGGGUCCUUCCUGUGUCAGCAGUCUGAUAUAACCGGCUCUGAUUUGACGCUAACUCUGUGUGCGGCAUCAUUUCACUCCUUCAUAAGAUGCGGCUGCCGCGGCGCUUCGUCCCUCCGGUGCGCAGCGCGUCCUCCGUUCCAGCGGGGAAGCUGCUGGACUUCGUCCCCGCCUGCAGCACCGCGGACGCCCGCUCUCUGCAGCAGCUGCAGGACUUCGUCUCCCGGUUCAGCCGCUUGUUUGUCGUCACCGGAGCGGGUCUGUCUACGGAGUCGGGCAUCCCGGAUUACCGCUCGGAGGGCGUGGGCUUGUACGCCCGCACCGACAGGAGACCCAUGCAGUACGCGGAGUUCACCCGCAGCGCCCGGUCCCGCCAGAGAUACUGGGCCAGGAACUUCGUGGGCUGGCCGCAGUUCUCCUCCCAUCAGCCCAACUCUGCCCACCAGGCCCUGCGCCGCUGGGAGGAGAGGGGCAAGCUGCACUGGCUGGUCACGCAGAACGUGGACGCGCUCCACUCCAAGGCGGGGCAGAGGCGGCUGACGGAGCUCCACGGCUGCGCCCACAGGGUAACGUGUCUGGGCUGUGGCUCCAUCACGCCGAGGGAGGAUCUGCAGCGGCGCUUUGCGUCACUAAACCCGGACUGGAGCGUUCAGGCAGGAGCUGUGGCUCCGGACGGCGACGUCUUCCUAGAGGACGAGCAGGUCCUGAACUUCAGGGUCCCCUCCUGUGAGCGGUGCGGGGGGAUACUGAAGCCCGAGGUCACGUUUUUCGGAGACACGGUGAACAAAGCAGUGGUGCAGUUUGUGCACGAGCGACUGGCCGAGGCGGACGCGGUGCUGGUUGUGGGGUCCUCGCUGCAGGUGUAUUCAGGAUACAGGUUUCUGCUGGCGGCCAGCGACAGGAAGUUGCCCAUCGCCAUCCUGAACAUCGGGCCCACCAGAGCAGAUCACCUGGCGGAGCUGAAAGUGAGGGGCCGCUGUGGGGAAGUCCUGUCCGUCAUCCAGCCCCUCUGAUGCGGAGGGCAGCAUUAUAGACAUCUGUGAUCUGCCGACUACCUCAGAUGUUGGUGAACACCUUUCAGGAGGAGGUGAAAUGAAAGGACCGCCUGCAGGGCAAAAAGCUGCUUUACUGUCUUCACUUUACACCCUGCUGCAUUAAAAAAAAAAAAAAAAAAA